GCAGCGCUUGUUCAACUAUUAGGAAGUAUCAACAUGGCAGCUUUUUGAGUUUUGGAAAAGAGGGAUCUGGUGUAAAUAAACCAUAAUUUUACCUUUUACAGCCUGAGACGGCGUUGUCGUGUUUGACUUUGGGAUCGACUGCGUUGCAUAGCGACGAUGUCGAAUGACGGCAAUAAAAAACAGUUUUGGAAAAGAAACACAGCGAAGGUUCCUGGCAACAUUCAACAUGUUUAUGGGGCCCAGCAUCCACCUUUUGACCCUCUCCUUCAUGCCAACUUAAUCAAAGCAGGCAACAAGCCUCCUCCAGCCACACCGGGCAAGCCCAAGAAGGCAACAACCUUCCAGGAGUUUGAGAGCAUCACCAGUGAUGCCUGGGAUGCUGGCGAUGAUGACGAUGAGCUGCUGGCUAUGGCUGCACAGAACCUCAACAUUGAGGUGGUUAUGGAGACAGCAAAUAAGGUGAUUGAGAACCACAGCAAGCAACAGGAGAGACAGAGACAAGAAGACACAGGCGAGCUAGAACAGCGAGAUGACGACGCACAGGAAGAGGCAGCAGAGGAAGAAGAGGAGGAUGAGGAAGAUGAGGAGGAUGUGGUGGAGAGGGGAGAGGUGACCACACCAGAAUUUAUGUUUGCCUCUCAGAGAGGCCCAUACAGUGAUGGCCGCCUAGUGAAGUCCCUCAGUGAAGCACCAAUCGGCUCAUCUAAAGAAACAGCAGGUGACCAUGCAGCCCUUCACAGACAGCGGUCUCUGCCCCACCGGCCGCCAGUCAUCCCACUUGUUGCUCGAAUGGCUGAUCAGAACACAUCUGGCACCCCAGCCAUGACUGAAAGGGAAGCGUCCCGUCUGGAUAAGUUCAGACAGUUGCUAGCUGGGCCUAACACAGAUUUGGAAGAACUACGGAAACUUAGCUGGUCGGGAAUCCCACGACAGGUUCGACCGAUUACAUGGAAACUUCUUUCGGGUUAUCUACCAGCUAAUGCAGAGAGGCGAGACAGCGUCCUUCAGAGGAAGAGACAGGAAUAUUUUGGCUUCAUUCAGCAAUACUAUGACUCCCGCAACGACGAGCACCAUCAGGAUACAUACAGACAGAUUCACAUUGACAUACCGAGAACUAAUCCUCUUAUUCCUCUCUUUCAACAAGCUUCUGUCCAAGAGAUUUUUGAGCGGAUUCUGUUCAUAUGGGCCAUCCGCCACCCGGCCAGCGGCUAUGUCCAAGGCAUCAACGAUCUGGUCACGCCAUUCUUCGUAGUCUAUGUCUUCGAGUACAUUGAGGAGGAAGUGGAAAACUUUGACGUGUCCAGUCUGCAGGAAGAGGCUCUAAGGAACAUCGAGGCUGACAGCUUCUGGUGCAUGAGCAAGCUCCUGGACGGAAUCCAGGAUAACUACACAUUUGCCCAGCCAGGCAUCCAGAGGAAAGUCAAAGCCCUGGAGGAGCUGGUCAGCAGGAUUGAUGAGUCUGUGCACCGCCAUAUGCAGCAUUAUGAGGUGGAAUACCUGCAGUUUGCGUUUCGGUGGAUGAACAACCUCCUGAUGAGGGAGCUGCCACUACGCUGCACGAUCAGACUGUGGGACACCUACCAGGCUGAACCAGAGGGUUUCUCCCAUUUUCAUCUCUAUGUCUGCGCGGCCUUCCUCGUGCGGUGGAGGAAAGAGAUUCUAGAGGAGAGGGAUUUUCAGGGUCUGAUGAUCCUUCUGCAGAACCUUCCCACAAUGCACUGGGGCAACGAGGAAGUGAGCGUGCUACUGGCCGAAGCCUACAGGUUGAAGUUCGCCUUCGCCGACGCCCCCAACCACUACAAAAGAUGAUAAGCGGCGGUUCUCGGCGGCCCUUUCCACUCCUCCUCCUGCCCCUUCCUCUGCCGCACUCUUCCCGCUGGACUCCGAGGCCGCUCAUUUUGUUAACCCCGCAGUCCAGCAUUCUAACAUACUGAUGUGGAGCUGUUUUUUAAAAAAAAAAAAAUUUCUGAUCUGCUCUGAAACGUGCACUCCUGCAGUCCUCGACCUCCAAGCCGCGCCCCCCCCCCCCCCCCCCCCCCCCCCCCCCCACUGAAGAACCUGAGACUUUUGGCCGACGUUUGGUUGGCUCGAGUCGCCGCCUCCGCAGUACAACCUCAGGCCUCGUGCAGGUCCGGGGAGGCAGUCGGGCUCAGAUACACACAUUUCUCUUCUUCUUUCCAGUCCAACGGCAGUACAUGUUUUUUUUCUUCCCAAAGGCUAAAUGACGAGCUUCUUUUCAGUUGCAAAGACAAUGAAAGUUGUUGGUUUACAUACUUGAGCGCCUCUCGCUUCGCUUUUCUCUCGUUUUCACCAGGAUGAAAACGGACUUCUUUGAGAAAAACUGUUGAAAGAGAUUUAGUUUGUGAGGGGGGGAGACUUCUCCCUGCUUUCACAAAACUCACACAUCAGCCACCGCUUUGUUCUCACCUUUACACCCGCGCUGCGACGUCGGUGUUCCGGUGUCGGACAAACGGCGGGAAAAGGCUUCAGUCUCCUGGAAUUACAUUAAUAGAAGUAAGAAGCCAUUACGAGUAUGAAAGUGUCCGGUUCCUAUAUGAAGGGCCUCCUCUUGUUUGGUGUUCCUCCUCUCUCUUUUUUUUUUUUUUUUAACUUGGGACUACCUCACAACACGUGUGCACACACUUAAAGCACAGUAAGAACCAGAGAGCCACUAAUUCAGACUAAUUCAGGUACAAACCAACCCGAAACCCACAUAUUUAUAAUGGAAAAAUAGUUGGAAUUAAUGCACUUACAUAGAAAAUCCAAACGCACGAAUACUGGGUCAGGAAUAACAUCAAAUUACCAUUAAAUUCCGAAACUGACGCCUCCUCCUGGGGGCACAGGACAUCCAGCUCAUCUCAGGAGUGUUUCUUGAAGGAAGAAAUCCAGAUUUAGUUUUCAAAAGGUGGUGUAAUUUCAGAGUAAUGCCAAGUAAUUUGUAUGGAAUUGUUGAUUAUAUGAAGCAAACACAAAGUACAAGUGGUACGAUGAUACACAGUGUAUUUUGAUAAUUGCGUUGUAGGGUCUGUAUCAAAUUGUAUCUUUUUUUAAUGAGUAUCGCGAUACCAUAAAAAGGCAUUACUGCCUGGAAGAAAUAACAUCUUGCAGAAGAACCAUAAAUGAUUUAUAAAAUACCAUAUGCAGACAGCAAACAAAUAGCAUCAAGGAUUAUAAGUUAUACUUAAGAAUAAUUUGUUUCUAUAAAGAUUCACCACAAAUCACUUUCUACAUAAUUGAAGAACAAUAUAACCAUGUAUGGUGAUAAAUAUGGAAUCAAGAUGGGUAUAUCGUAUCGUGGAGGUAGUACAUUCCACCCCUAUGAAGUAUUGUGCAAAAACCAAUCGUUCAUCCAUGAAGAUGCCCCUUUUUUGUGUAAAUGUAAGUCCAAAAAUACUAAUCAUAAGAACAAAUGACAAAUUUUGUCGAGAAUAUUAAAGAUUGUCUUUUUCAGGUGAUGGAUUUUUUUGUAGCUUUGCAACCCGAAAACUGAUUCCACAGAGGAAAUUUUCAAUAAUGAACUGAUCAACAUGAUCUUAUAAAACCUUCAGUUGAAUUCAGUUUGAAGGUAAAUGGUAGUCACACCAGAUAUUUAUCAGUUACGCUUUUGCGAUGAGCACUUUAUCGAAAGCUAUUUUAUAUUUCAGAGUUUUUCAUUGUUUGCAGCGUCUUUAUGGAUUUUUGCACGACACUGUCCAUCAGUGAUCGAAUUUGUAAGCUCAGAUUCAAAUUAAUUUAGGCCACUUCAACACUACGUUGUUCCACUCCACCCAGCUGUAAACGGGUAUCAGCCUUGGCUGGCGAAGUGACCUGUGAUGGACUGGAGUCCCAUCUAAAGGGUCUCCAUUACUCAGCAAUAUCCAAGAUAAGCACAGGCACCAGCGAGCCUCAGGGCCUAUAUAGGAUUAGCCGUCUGUUUUUUUCCCUUUUUAGUUAAUUUUAUUUGAUCACAUACGAAAGGCUCCAAACUGGCCACAAAAAUAUCUAUUUUAUUCUGACUCAGUAUUGUCGUUUACACCUUCUGAUAUUUAUGGAGUACAAAUCAGUCAUGACUGUUGCAGUUACAGGCUACUAAUGUGCUGGACACAGUUCCUGUAAAAGUCGAAACGCUGUCCUCACUCAGUUUCUCUUUGGACCGGCCAGUAUCAUAAUAUAAAACACGAUAAAACCGCGAUUCAUCAACAAUUCCCAGUUUGUAUGGCUGCAAGAAUAAUAAUUACUAAUUAUUGAUAGCAGCAUCAACAGUUAUAUACCCUUUUGUAACAGUCUUAGUGGGAUGAAGAUGUGUCCAGGUUUUACUGUGCAGUGGCUGAAAGUGUAUUUGCUAAAUUAUAUCUGACUUGGUGGUCAUUCCAAAUUUAUUGAACCUUAGUUACAUGGAAAAUUCCACCCAUAAAA